AUGUCCACUCGCUUGUCCUCUGCUCCCCUCUAUGUUCUGCUUGCCUUGACGGCCUUUGUUACUACAAGCUAUGCUGCCGCAGCCACCAUUCCGGUAACCUAUAAUUAUAAUUACGGCCGUGGCGAGAGCUCGACUGCAACUCCUAUUGUCACAGCGGUUGGCGAGACUCCAACUUUCUAG